CAGGGGGCUGCCUCGGUGCGAGAGCGGCGGCGGCAGCAGGCGGAGACAUGAUCGCGGAGUUGUUGAGCAGCGCCCUGGGGCUCGCCCUGUACCUCAACACCCUGGGCGCCGACUUCUGCUACGAUGACAGUCGAGCUAUCAAGACAAACCAGGACCUUCUGCCUGAGACGCCAUGGAUUCAUAUCUUCUACAAUGACUUUUGGGGGACACUGCUUACUCAUAGUGGGAGCCACAAGUCCUACAGACCUCUCUGCACACUUUCCUUCCGCAUUAACCAUGCUGUUGGGGGAAUGGACCCAUGGGGCUACCACCUUGUAAACGUCCUAUUACAUGCUGCAGUCACAGGCCUUUUCACAAACUUCUCCAGGAUUCUGUUUGGAGAUGGGUACUGGACCUUGAUAGCAGGCCUGCUGUUUGCGUCUCAUCCCAUCCACACGGAAGCUGUAGCGGGGAUUGUAGGGAGGGCAGACAUCGGAGCCUGCCUCUUCUUUCUCCUUUCCCUGAUGUGUUACGUGAAGCACUGCUCUACCAGAGGUUCCUCAACAAGUACUUGGGGCUGGAUCUUGGGAGCAGGGCUGUGCGCAGGAUGCAGCAUGCUGUGGAAGGAGCAAGGAGUGACUGUUCUGGCCAUUUCAGCUGUGUACGAUGUCUUUGUAUUUCAUCGACUGAAAAUGCAUCAGAUCAUUUCUGCUUUAUGCAAGAGAAAGAAUUUGACCCUGUUCUUCAGCAUUGGUUUAUUGACUUCCUGGGGCACUGCACUGCUGGGUGUUCGCUUAUACUGGAUGGGCAACAAGCCCCCAAGUUUUUCCAACUCUGACAAUCCAGCAGCUGACUCAGACAGUUUUCUCACACGUACGCUGACCUUCUUUUACUUGCCAACCAAGAACCUCUGGCUGUUGCUGUGCCCAGAUACCCUCAGCUUUGAUUGGUCUAUGGAUGCUGUGCCUCUUCUAAAAGCAGUCAGUGACUGGAGGAAUCUACACACUGUGGCCUUCUAUGCUGGUCUCCUCCUCCUUGCCUACUUCAGCCUGAAGGGCUCCAGCAAUGAGAGAGAAUGCAAUGGGAGAACUGUAAUGAAUGGGAAGCAAAAUGCUAAUGGGCAUAGCUGCCACUCAGAAAUGGAGUACAAGACGCUGGAGGUGAAGUCAAGCUUUGCAUCAAAAGAAGAGAAUGGCAUAAAAAAGCAUGAAAUUAAGAAACUGCAGCUUCCUUCAACUGAGAACAUUGUCAUUCUGUCUCUCUCUUUGUUAAUAGUGCCCUUUGUUCCUGCCACAAACCUAUUUUUCUAUGUUGGCUUUGUAAUAGCAGAGCGUGUGCUGUAUGUUCCUAGUAUGGGCUUCUGCCUGCUGGUUACAGUAGGUGUCAGGGCCCUUUAUGUCAAAGCCCAAAAGCGCUUUUUGAAGAACUUGGUUUUUUGUUCCACUGCUGCAUUAAUUAUUUUCUAUGGACUCAAGACUGUUGUCAGGAAUGGGGACUGGCAGAAUGAAGAGAUGCUGUAUAGAUCAGGGAUAAAAGUAAACCCUGCUAAAGCAUGGGGUAACCUUGGAAAUGUUCUCAAGAGCCAGAGCAAGAUUUCUGAAGCUGAAAGCGCCUACAGAAAUGCCUUGUACUACCGCAGCAACAUGGCUGAUAUGCUCUAUAAUUUAGGAUUACUCCUUCAGGAAAACAGCAGGUUUUCAGAGGCAUUGCAUUACUAUAAACUGGCAAUUGGAAGCAGACCCACACUAGCUUCUGCCUAUUUGAAUACUGGUAUCAUCCUGAUGAACCAAGGGAAGACAGAGGAAGCCAGGAGGACUUUUGUGAAGUGCUCAGAGAUCCCUGAUGAAAAUCUGAAAGAUCCUCAUGCUCAUAAAAGCUCUGUUACCAGCUGUCUUUAUAACUUAGGAAAACUUUUUCAUGAACAAGGACACUAUGAGGAUGCCCUUAUGGUUUACAAAGAAGCAGUACAGAAAAUGCCAAGGCAGUUUGCACCACAGAGCUUAUAUAACAUGAUGGGAGAAGCCUAUAUGAGAAUGAGCCGGCUGCCAGAAGCAGAGCACUGGUAUGUGGAGUCACUGCGAUCCAAGAGCGACCACAUCCCAGCCCAUCUCACCUAUGGAAAACUGCUGGCUCUGACGGGACGCAAGAAUGAGGCAGAAAAGUACUUCAUGAAGGCUAUUCAGCUGGAUCCUACCAAAGGAAACUGCUACAUGCAUUAUGGUCAGUUCCUCCUUGAAGAAUCCCGCCUGAUAGAAGCAGCUGAAAUGGCAAAAAAGGCAGCCGAACUCGAUAAUAUGGAAUUUGAUGUUGUUUUCAAUGCAGCCCAUAUGCUCAGACAAGCCAGUCUUAAUGAAGAAGCAGAGAAGUAUUAUGAAAUGGCAGCAGGAUUAAGACCUAAUUAUCCAGCUGCCCUGAUGAAUCUUGGAGCCAUUCUCCAUCUGAAUGGUAAAUUGAAAGAGGCUGAAGCAAACUACCUCCUUGCUCUUCAACUUAAACCUGAUGAUGUCAUCACCCAGUCCAACCUGCGCAAAUUGUGGAAUAUAAUGGAGAAACAAGGUUUGAAGACAUCCAAAACAUGAUAAUGAAAACUCUGAAUUUUUCUUCCUUAAACUUAUUAAAUCCACAAACUAGAACUUCCACACAGUUGUUCGGUCAGAGAACUCACUGGACUUGGCUGCAAGGAUGAGAGGUCUUACUUACCGCCAAGGAGAAACUAUUCUACCAGAUAAAUAGAGGAAGAGAUACUUUGAGGUAUUCGUGAAGGACUUGUUACCCCACAAAAACAUUUGGAACCAUGGCACUUGAGAGGAGGUGUUUUGGCAUAUUUGAUAAAUCAUUGCAAAUCCCGUAUUGCUUACUUUUGGGUGGGUACCUGAAAUGUGUACUUUCAUAGAAAUACUAAGGGAAAAUCUCACAGUAUACACUAAGCCAUGUGGGAGUUAAAGUGGUAAUAGUGGGUUAAAGUAUUUUGCUGAUACUGUAACUCAUUAAAAUGUAUACUAAAUCCAAAUGUUUGCAGUUUGUCUUAAUGCUGCUGUAUCUCACUUUUGAACCAUUUGCUUUCCAAUUUUUCAGCUUAUAUGGCAAAUUUUUUUCAAACCUGUCACAUGAUUAGAUGACAGCAUUCAAAGUUGUUUGCUGAAACAUGCCUAUUAUUUCAGCAUGUUGACUUUUAAUCCAGGUUUCUUGAGACAUACAGUCAAAUUGCUGUCAGGUAGACAGAAUGACUGAGGAACUGCCCAUAUUCUACAUCAGACAUAGUAUGUAGGCUAGUAAAAAAAAGUCCAUAGGUAUGAUUUAGCAAUACAAGAAGGAGUCAUGUUUGCCCUGAUACCAAAUCAGUGUGGUCAGACUGUCAUCUUAGGAAAAAAAAUAAUUGGUAUUAUAGAAUAAUGGGUCUGACUCUCUUUACUUUGCCGUUAGAUAAGUCCAACUUUAAACUGGACUCUGGAUACAAUAUUUUUGCAAUAACUAGUAUAAGUGAGAUUUGUGAAAGUAUUAGUGCUUGGAUAUGCUACAAAUGAGACUUUAUGAGCAACUCUGAGAAAAGGGAAUGUUAUCCAUUAGUGAGGCUCACAAAUAACUGAAGGGACUAGAUUAGAUUAUGCUUAAAAUAGUGUAGAUCAAGAGAAAUUUGUAAUGGUGGUUGCCAGUUACUUUUCACAGUGGUGGUGUUUUAAAGCGUAUUACCUAUUCAGAUUCUAACCAAAUAUUAGCAUUCUGUUUGUAUUCUUACAUGUGCUAGCAGCAGAGCUGUCAAGUAUCUAAAUACACUUUUGGUGAGGUUCAUUUCUGUUUCAGAAUGAUUUGUCCUCAUUACUGUUUUAGUCUUCAGAUUUUCAAUGUAAAGAUAAUUUAUUUCAAAUUGAGUGUAUGAAGCUUUAGUCAGUUUUUUUU